GUUACUAAACUUCAGUCCAAAGAUACUAGAUCUUUGGUUCAGUCGGUCUCACCAGCAAACCUUUGGCGAAGGGCAGGAGACGGUGAAGGCGCCAUUAAUCGCCCUUAUAUAAGUGGGACAUCCCGAGUGCCUGGCUCAAGUCGACCAUGAGUUGGAGUGAAUUUUGGACAACUUUGCUUGUUGCUUUACUCGGAAUCCUGCUCUUGGUGAAGUUACUGAAAACCAACACGCGGUUUUCUGGGCUUCCCCCGGGACCCACACCUCUCCCCCUAGUCGGCAACUUGUUCCAGCUGAAUCUAAAAUCAGUCCACAAAUCUCUUAUCAAGCUGAGUGAGCAGUAUGGGCCUGUCUUCACCAUCUGGUUCAGCGGCUACCCAGCAGUGGUGGUGUGUGGUACUGAGGCGGUGAGGGAAGCCUUGGUCACCCACGGACAUGACUUUAGUGGCCGCUACCUCUUCCCCGUCCUCAAACGAAUCUCAGGCGGCUACGGAGUUGGCUUCAGCAGUGGGGAGAGAUGGAAACAGCUUCGGAGAUUCACUCUCAGCACCUUGAGGGAUUAUGGAAUGGGGAAAAAGAGUAUCGAGGAGCGAAUCCAGGAGGAAGCUCAGUUCCUGGUUAAAAGCUUCAGGAAUAAAAAAGGUGGCCCAUUUAAGGCAGAUUUCCCACUGAGGUGUGCAACAUCGAACAUCAUCUGUUCCAUCACCUUUGGGGAACGAUUCGAUUAUGAAGAUCAGAGCUUUCUCAAGCUGAUGGGGAUGAUCGCACAAGUUGUCCGCGUUUUAAGUAGUCCCUGGGUGCAGUUGUACAAUAACAUCCCGAGGAUCAUGAAUUGCCUGCCCGGACCUCACCAGAAGUUCUUCCAAAAUAUUACAAGUAUAAAAAGUUUUCUGAGUAAAACUAUUCAAAGUCACAAAGAGGUCCACCAGAAGGAUUUCCCCAGGGAUUACAUUGACACCUUUCUCAACAAGAUGGAUGAGGAAAAAAAUGAGCUUAACUCGGAAUUCAAUCAAGAAAACUUGUUGCUGUCGACCCUGAAUUUAUUUUUGGCUGGAACUGAAACAACCAGCACGACACUGCACUGGUCCAUCCAGAUCCUGGCCAAGUAUCCAGACAUCCAAGAGACAAUUCACGGUGAAAUCGAUAACGUUAUUGGACCGAAUCGAGGACCUAAGGCUGAAGAUCGGGCAAAGAUGCCUUACACUGAUGCGGUCAUUCACGAGGUUCAACGUUACAUUGACAUCGUCCCCAUGAGUAUUCCACACAUGGCAAUGAGUGAUGUGCGAUUCCGAGGACACUUGAUACCCAAGGGCAUUUUUGUGAUUCCGGUUCUUUCCUCCGUCUUGAAAGAAGCCGGCCAUUGGGAGACGCCGGAAUCGUUUAAUCCAAGUCAUUUUCUUGAUGAAAAGGGAUGCUUCAAAAAGAGUGAUAGUUUCGUGGCUUUUUCUGCAGGCAAGAGAAUGUGCCUGGGGGAAUCCUUGGCUCGCAUGGAACUUUUCCUUUUUUUGACCACUUUACUGCAGAACUUUGUCUUCGAGCCUGUCAUCGAUCGCAAGGAUAUCGACACUUCUCCCGUUACAAGUGGUGUGCUGGUUGUACCCCGCUCGUAUGAAUUCCGUGCUAUUUCUCGCUAAAUCAUUUGGGACAGUUUGAAAUAUGUAAGCAUUUUCUGUCAGGAAUUCAUUGUUACUUUUUUUGCAUAUCUUUCACUCAUUUGUUCUCCAUAUCUCACCAUAUUAUCAUCUGCAUCUCUCAUAGAAACAUAGAAAAUAGGUGCAGGAGUAGGCCAUUCGGCCAUUCGGCCCUUCGAGCCUGCACCGCCAUUCAAUAUGAUCAUGGCUGAUC